CGCAAGCGGCUAGCUGCGGAGACGCUCCGGCGCGGGCUGCAGAUGUCGGACGGGCAGGCAGCUGAGGGGCCGGCUUUCUGGAGCCCCGCAGCUCGCCGAGGGUCGGCGGGGGGCGUCGGGGACCGACGGGGAGUGGAGGAGAGCCAGGCAGCCGCCUCAGAGAAGGAAGAUCUGGAAAGCACCAAAGUGAACUCUCCACUGGCUUCUGCCUCUGAUCCAGCAGCCCAGUCCUCACCCUACAGGCCACAGAUGGUGUCUCCAGUGAGUAAGGAUACCACGGAAGAUCUACAGAAAGCGGCUGGCGCCUCAGAGGCUCAGGCUCCGGGGGACCAGGCGUCACUGCCAGCGGGCCAGACGCAGGUCCUCAGUGAGAUGGCCAAGUACCAAGCGCCACAGCGACCCGAAGACACAGUUAUGAUCCAGUCUGAGCACACUGGGGCUAUAGAUGUCCUUUCAGCGGAUUUGGAAUCUGCAGAUCUUCUGGGUGACCACAGGAAAGUCUCUCCACCUCUGAUGGCUCCUCCAUGCGUCUGGACCUUUGCCAAAGUGAAGGAGUUCAAAAGCAAGCUGGGGAAGGAGAAGAACAGCCGCCUGGUAGUGAAGCGGGGAGAAGUAGUCACCAUCCGGGUCCCUACCCAUCCCGAGGGAAAGCGCGUCUGCUGGGAAUUCGCAACUGACGACUAUGAUAUUGGUUUUGGAGUUUAUUUUGACUGGACCCCGGUAACCAGCACUGAUAUAACUGUGCAGGUCAGUGACUCCAGCGAGGACGAGGAUGAGGAAGAGGAGGAAGAGGAAGAGAUUGAAGAACCUGUCCCUGUGGGAGAUGUGGAGAGAGGCUCCAGGAGUUCUCUGAGGGGCCGCUAUGGGGAGGUCAUGCCUGUGUACCGGCGGGACAGCCACCGAGAUGUGCAAGCCGGCAGCCAUGACUACCCUGGGGAGGGCAUCUACUUGCUCAAGUUUGAUAACUCGUACUCCCUGCUUCGCAACAAGACUCUCUACUUCCAUAUCUACUACACUAGCUGAAGGAUGCUGGGCUGGGGCAGGCUGUGUUUGCUGGCUGAAGCAGGCUGCCAGCUGGUGCCUCUUGUGUGUAAGCAAGAGCCUAAAGUUGUGUGUGGGGCUCUGAAGCCUCGUGCCCUGCCUGGCAUGCCUGACUAUUGACCCCAUGUAGCUUUCUCCUUUCUUGCCUUCUGCAGGUGGUGGUGUAGUGCUCCUGUUCUGUGUCCCUGACUCACACUCUUGUUUCCGACUCCAGAAAAAUUCCUCUCAGAAGGCCCCUCCCUAUGAGGCAAAAGCCUCCAAUGAAGUAGAAGGAUGUCUUUUAAGAAAUUGACUGACUCUGGUAAAGCUCAUUCAGGUUGCCGCUCACUCCUCUCCAGAGCCUGUCAUGCCAGUGUACUUUAGCAGCGCCUACUGUCUACAUCGUGAGGUGCCAGAAGAGGGAAAGCACACUGUCUAUGAAAGAGCCCAAGAGUUUGGAUGGAGAGUGCUCUGUCCAGCCUCUCACCACUGCCAUACUCCUGCCUGCCUGCUGGCUGUUCUUAGUCUCUGCUCAGGCCGGGAGACCUCACUGCCUUGAAUGGAUAUUAUUAUUCCUGAUAAGGUAGAUCCUUCCUCCUUUCUUUUCACCAAGUCUGUGUUUCUGUCAUGUAGCAAGAACCUCCAAGCAAUUGCAAGCUGUGCUCGGUGUCCUCAGAGAAGAAAAGCGCCUCUGUCACUUCCUGUCUCCAGUUACCUCCCUUACUAGGGUGCUGGUAGUUGAUGGAGAAAGGGUGGAAGAUAACCACUGAGUUAUCUCAGACCCUGCCCUUUUGGAAAUCAAGUAUGAGUGCCUCCCCUCCCCCAUCCCAUUUUAGGCCAUGUGUGUUGGGUACAAAGUUUGCCUUGGAACCAAAUACAGUGAAACCCAGUCAGGUUUGCAGUGGUUCUGGGCUUGUGUUUUUAUAUUGAGGACGGGAAGCUUUUGGUGGUCACGGUCCUUAGGGAAAGUAAUCAUGGGAUUUUGCUGUUGCUGCUGACCGUGUGUGCUCCUUACUUGACCAAAGCCUGCAGGCGACAGCCUCUGAAGUCUGUUCACCCUGAGGUGGUGUCACAGCAGAAUUUAGUUGUGUUGUAGUGGGUGGCCACAGAGCGGAAGGUGCUAGGGCCUCAGUGGAGAGGGCACACAGGGGCGUGGGCCUCCGCAGCCAUCUGCACCUCUUCCUUUUCCAGUCUGUGUUGUCUGUCAUUCUUCUGAAUUUUGAAUAAUUAGGUUUAUUUAUUACUGUAUUUAUGGUUUUAAAGCACAUUUCAGUUUGCCUUUGAGACAGCUCCUGUCUGUUUCCCAAAGGCCUCCCAUGUGCUCUGAGCCACUAUGGCCACCUCUUUUAUGGCGCUAAAGAUGAUUUUAGAGCUUGGAAGAUGAUCACGUGUGUUCACUGCAGCAUGUCGGCCCUGUGAAGCUUUGGGAAGUCUGCCCUUUCAGAGACAGAGGACUCCAGCCUAGUCCGUGUUAAAUACAUCUCAGCGCUCCCACUGAGGGAGUCUAAGGUGGUGGACACAGAUGGACUUAAAGAGCUGAGGGCGAGUCAGAGCUAAUGGAGUACUGAGUAUGGGAUGCCAAAGUCCUUUUCCUCCUUUGACACCUCCUCCCUAAUGCUUUGUUGGCCGUUCCUUUAUUGUGUGGUUACCUCACACCAAACCUCUCUGUCCUACAGGAGUGAUCACCUAAAGAGCAGGGUCUUGCCAGUAGGUGUGUGGUCAGGAACAAAGGGAAUGAAUGCAUCCUGCAGCUCUGUCAACCUAGAAGCAAAGCGUGGGCUGUAUGGCCUGCUGCAGUCUCUCGGUGGCCAGUCAGUGCCACCCCUCCAUUCUUCCAUCAUUGCAGAUGGGCUUUGUGGGUGAUUAUACUGGCAAGACCCACAUGCCCUCUAAAAAUCAGUAAGCCAUUGGGGCCAUGAGACAGACCUGCUCAUCAAGGCGUCAGAUGGCUGGGCUGAAGUUGAAUCUGCUUUUACUGAUUGAGUCCACUCUCCGUUUCAGAAACAAACCCUCUUUGGAGCUAUUUUCAAGUCAGUGGCGGUCUCUGAUUUCUCCUGUUUGUUGUGGACCCCUGACCUGCUCUUAGCUCGGUAGCAAGGCCCCUGGGGCUUUCCCUAGUUACUCCAUCUUGUCUUUCCUUGGGCUUGAUUUCUUGUAGUGCAUAGCAGGGAAGUAGAGGGGCUUCUCAUCUCCCUGUGUACUGUCACUUGCUGGGCAUUCUGAAACAGUUAUCUCUUACUGAUUCUUCCUCAGGAGGGUUUUGUUUGUUUGUUUUUGUUUUGUCUCAUGAACAUAAAAUGCCUAAGGAAGACACGCCCAUAUAUGAUGCAUUCACUAUUCACACACUAAAUUUUUGGAAUAAGAAACCUUGAGAGACAAAGUAUUAUUCAGUGAAACGCAGGUAAUUAUGGAGAACACAGAAUGCAUACCUUGAAGGUUCUGAGAAGUGUCAAUUCCUUGGUCCCUCCAGUUCAAGGUUAAAGAAUCAAACAAAGAAAUAAAUUAUCUGCUUUUAUGCUUGCCCUGCUCUUUAGAGUACAAAUAAAUACUGUGCAGUUAAAGGAGGGAGUGCUAAAACAGCAGAGAUUAGGAUUCUCUUCACAAGAGUGGCUGAGUUCUUAAAUUUUUUCAAUUUGUCUAAUUUCGUUACUUUGUUAAGAGACAAGGCUUUUUAAAAAGACAUAUCUAAAAUGCUAUUUUUCCAACAUCUUAUGAAAAAUUUCAGCAAACAAAAAGCAUACACUUACAUCCGACAUAUACUUUUAAAUUACAA